GUAAUUGGGAUGCUGCAUACUGGACAGCAUUUUCCUUUGUCCUUUCCACUCCUUUGUCACAUCUUUUAGAGACUAUGCUCCUGGAGGUAAUAUCUUGACUUGUUUGAACGACAGAUACCAUCUUCCAUGAGAGAUCUCUCUUAUAGCUUGCCUUCUUUUCUGCUAGCUCUGAUACCCCAGCGUCACUGAGGGCAACCGUGUCCGCAGUGAAAUACCCUCGCCAUGUCGACAGAUUACAAUUAUGAUGAACAGGGACAAUUUUUCCCGUUCUUCAUCCUGACUCUUACCGGCCUCGUCACCCUCCCUCUCACAUACAACCUUCUCAAGCCGAGCAAGGAGCUCGAGAAUACCGCCCCCCGGAUACAAUCAGAUUACAAGCCAGAACAUGGCGAUCUCAUCGAAGCACAGAAGCGCAAACGCCUGCGCAAGGAACGCCGUAUCAAGCGCAUAGUGACCGUCAUCGCAGGCUAUGCUAUCAUGGCAUGGAUGGCCUAUCUGAUCGUCGUCACUGCGAGAACCGUACCCAAGAUCUGGGAUCCAUAUGAAAUUCUGGGUAUCUCAAGGAGCGCGGACGAAAAAGCCAUCUCCAGGCACUACAAGCGUCUUUCUCUCAUAUACCAUCCCGACAAAAUUCGCCCUGAUCCCUCUAAGAACGAGACCAUCGAGACUCUCAACGAGCGCUUCGUUGAGCUGACCAAAGCCUACAAAGCGCUGACAGAUGAAGAAGUGCGGAAUAACUACAUUCAAUACGGUCACCCCGACGGCAAACAGAGUUUCAGCAUCGGUAUUGCUCUCCCCAAGCUCAUCGUUUCGGAAGGAAAUGGGAAAUACGUCUUGUUGGUGUACGGAGCUCUGCUCGGUGUUCUGUUGCCUUAUAUUGUCGGAAAGUGGUGGUAUGGAUCUCAGCGCUACACCAAGGAGAAAGUUUUAGUCGCAAGCGCCGGCAACAUCUUCCGGGAAUACAAGGAAGACAUCACCGACGGCGGUAUCAUCAAUGCGCUGUCUGCGGGCGUGGAGUUCAAGGACAUGCUCAAGGGCUCCCACGCGGAAGCUGGGCUUGCAAAACUUGAGAAGAAGGUUUUGGCCGAAGGUUCGAUUCUGGCGCCUGAGACUCGGAAGGCUCUCUCACAGAUGGACGAUUCCACCCGGCGAAAGGCGCUCGCAUUACUGUGGGCUUAUUUGGGCAGAAUUGACUUGGGGGAUGCCACGCUGAAUGGAGAGAAAUACGAGGCUGCUCCAAUUGCCCUCUCUCUGAACGAAGCGUUUACCGCCAUUUCCCUCGCCUUUGGUAACCUUCACCCUAUUCUCGGCUCCUUCCGCGCAUCCCAGCAUCUGAUCCAAGCUGUUGCUCCGGGAUCGUCGCCACUGUUGCAACUGCCAUACUUCAACAACGAAGUCAUCAAGGCUAUUGAAGGCGCAGAUGCCAAGGAUCAUUACACCGUGCAGAAGUUCAUGAGCUUGCCCGAAGACAAGCGGCGCAGUUUGACCGUCGGUGCUGGUCUUCUGUCCGAGAAGCAGUACUCGACAGCCGUGUCCGUCGCCAAGCAACUUCCUGUUCUUGAGGUCUCCAGGGCCUUCUUUAAGGUGAUGGGAGAGAAGGUCAUUACCCCAAGCAGUCUGGUGCAACUGGUUGUGAAAGCCCGGUUCAUCCCUCCGGGCUCCACCAACAUCCCUGAAGUUAACCCCGCCGAGCUGGAAGACAACAGACCUACCAAGACCGUCAACGGCCAACAAGUCGAGAACAAGAUCGAGACUAUCCAACCCCCUCUCGCGCACGCACCCUACCUGGCUCGCGACCACUCUCCUCGCUGGCACAUUUUCCUGGCCGAUGCCAAGCAAGGCAAGAUGGCCGUGCCUCCAUUUACCUUCACCACCUUCGACAAGCCCCUGUUUGACGAGGCAGGAAAGCCCACCUUCAACGUGCAAACACUUAAGAUGCAGUUCCAGGCUCCUCCUCAGGUAGGAGACUUCACCUUUGUCAUGCACAUGAUGUGUGACAGCUAUCUGGGUCUCGACACAAAGCUUGACAUCACGCUACAUGUCGACGAUCCAGCCAAGGCGGCUGCUCUCGAGGAAGAAGACGACAUCAGCGAGCCCGAUGAAGAUUCUAUUGCUGGCCAAAUGCAGGCCCUGAAGACCGGCCAACCGCCCAAGAAGAAGGCACGGAAGCCCUCUGAUGAGUCUAGCGAGGAGGAGAGUGAUACGGAUGGCGAUGCGGGAGAUACCAGCGACACGAACACAGAAACUGACGUUGAUGAUUAAGGGAGUCUUGUUCUGACAGCCCAGAAGGGACAUUCAAGGGCAAUAAAAACGGAGAACCACCCAUGAUUUCUCCGCGCGAAUGAUACACUCAGUCAAUAUAAGCCUCGCUUUUUAAAUAUCUAUCCCCGCAAUAGGCUCGUCCAUGGUUUGUCUGCUCCUGGAGUUAUUUCUUCAUAUAAUGUUUGUUAGUUCUCAAGGCGUCAAUUUGAACUCUCUGAUG